AACCAUCGUUCUUUCUUUCUUUGUGCUUAGCUCCUUAAUUUGUCGCUUGGUCUCUUUCUCUCCUUUUAUGCUUCCCCUUCUCUCUCUUGCAUGGAGUUUGAUACAAGCAACUUAAGAAAUGAUCUCGGCUUCCCUCCAGGUCUUUUCUUUGAAAAUUCAUUUAAAGUUGAUAAUGAAUCGAAAAACAUGUUUUCUUCUGUGGAAGGUUUUCCUUAUGAAGGAGAAGUAUAUCAAGAUUUUUGCCAUAUUGAUCUAUUUUCUACGGAAGGGUCUUCAUCAAAUAUUCCCUUUUUUGGGAUUCCAGCCCCGUAUUUUGAUACAUUUGAAGCUUAUGUAAAUAAGCCUUCAACCUUCUCGAGAGAUUUUAAUGCGCGCACCAAGGUUAUGCCUUCUACGUUAAUGAUCGAAGGAAAUGGAAAUGUAGUAAGGUAUGACUCUCAUCAAGAACUUGGAGGCCUUUUGGAUCAUCACCCUACACAUUUCCAUCAAAAAGCAAAUCCAACCCAAGUGGAGCAAAGCCUGCAGAUAUAUCCUUCAUUAGUUAAUUCUUCAGAAUUUAGAUCUUUGAACCCCACCAAAGUGCUUGAUAAUCAAGUUUCAUGCAUUACUACAGAAAAUGGACAUUAUAAGGUGGGUGAUCUGAAUAAAAAGGGGAGGCUCGAGCCAAAAAUGAAAGACAAAGGUCGUAAAAAAUCCAAUGUUAAAGGAUGGACUCCCGAAGAAGAUAGGCUCUUGGUGCAACUUGUAGAACUGUAUGGAGCGAAGAAGUGGUCUCUUAUUGCUCAAAUGCUGAACGGAAGAGUAGGAAAGCAGUGUAGGGAGAGAUGGCACAACCAGUUAAGGCCUGAUAUUAAGAAGGAAAUAUGGACUGAGGAAGAGGAGAUGAUACUAAUUCAAGCCCACAUAAACUUGGGAAACAAAUGGGCAGAAAUUGCAAAGAGGCUGCCAGGAAGAAGCGAGAACACCAUAAAGAAUCACUGGAAUGCAACCAAAAGAAGUAAACUAUCAAACCGUAAAGGCCGAAAACAUCCCUUGAACACCCUGUUGCAGAACUACAUCAGGAGUGUGACAACUUCACCUGCUGCAAAAACAGAUCACAAGAAAAGCACAUCCACAGGGUCUGACAUGAAAGGGCUUGAUCAUAUUACGAUUCCACAAGUUCUUCAACAAGAGAGCAUGGAUUUCGGCUCUACAGAUCAUCAGCCUGCAAGCCUAACUAAUAGCUACUAUGGUUUUGGUGAUGAGAUGAUGGAAUUUCCUUUUGACACAAACAUGCUUUCAGAAAGACACAACAGCAGUGUUGGGCUCAUGCCUGGUGAACAUGAGAUGCCUUGUGGUUCUAUGGUUGAUGGGAGCAGCAAUAUGGACUUCAUUGUGCCAUUUGAAAUGGAUAAUCAGGGUGAAGUGAGGAGGGAGAUGGAUUUGGUGGAGAUGCUUUCUCAAAAUAAGCUUAUUUAAGACUUUAGGGUACUAGUUGGAAUGGGAGAAUGAGCAAAUCGUGUCAUUUAUAAUUUUCCUUUAGUAGUAAUAUUUUGCGCGGAACUAUGGGGAUAGAAAAUGAAAUAUCAUUAUUGUCCCCCAAUUUAUGAACCCUCUCUUAAAUGUUUUGGGACAGAAUAGGAAAAACAAGUAAAAGUGUUCUUUUUGUUUGUGUUGGGAAGCAUGGAUUUCAAACAUUUGAUUUAGGUUUGUAUCGGUUUUACGAAACUCAAUACAAUUAUAUAUUGUAAUU